AUGCCCUACCUACCAACCUCCCAGGCCUUCCUGGAACAGUCCGCGGAAUUAUUACAAGCGUACCCAGCCACUCGCAUAGUAACAAAAUACAACUUCCCCACAACGAGGCCCGGCAACGUCAAGCGGAUCCAAAAAUCGCAAGCCAAAAAGUCCGAGAGCACACCAAGUGCACCAAUCGCAACUCUCACGCUGAAGACAUUUAACCCCGCCACGGGGAUCUGCUUGCAAUACCGCACAAACAAGGCACAGGAGGUCAGCCGGUUGAUUACGAGUCUUGGGAAAUUGGCUGCUGGAGCUGAUGUAGCGGGGUUGGGUCUAUCGGCGCCCGCUCCGGUUGAUGUUGAGAUGGUGGAUGCUCCAGCUGUGGAAGAGCCGAAGCAGCAGCAGCAGCAGCAGCAGCAGCAGACCCAGGGUGGGAAGGGGAAGAAGAAGGGCGGGAAGGGCAAGCGAUAA